GUAGAUGUCAACGACGAGAGAGUGAAACACCAUAGAGAUGCCUGUUACAUAAACGCGAUAUCGGAACACCAACAAUUCCAUCGAAUAAAUCAUACGCGUCGCGGCGAACUACAAAAUAAAAGCACAAAAUAUUUUUAACGGAAGAACGUUACGCUUUAUGUCAUAAAUUCAAAAUGUUUUCGAUAAUCUUUCAGCUGAUCUUACUUUCAAUUUUUAAUACCGGUUCGUGUCUAUCUUGGCAUAAUCAUCAGCAAAGCAAACAAGACUAUUCGGAUAAAACCAGCGUACACACGAUUCCACUUGGUUCGGAAGCCACGUUCCAUUGGAGAGUCGAUUUUAUGAGCGAACUGAUAGUGGCGGAAGUCCACUACAUAGGUGUCGUCAAUACCUGGUUCGCCAUUGGUUUUUCAAACUAUGGAGAAUUGAAACUCGCCGAUUAUUGUAUCCUGUGGAUCGAUUGGCAUCGUCAAACUCAAUUACAGGAUGCAUGGGCAGAUGAAGAAGGAAAACUAAACCUGGACUCUCAACAGGACUGUGAAAACUUUGCGUGGAGACGAAGGGGAAACGUAACGAAGUUUACCUUUUCUAGAAAAUUCGACACAUGCGAUGGAAAUGAUUACGUUAUGGAGAGGGGGACCACGCACUUGGUAUGGCUGAGAGGUCUUGGUCCAUUGUCGUCUUUGGCUGGUCUGCAAAUCUCGGAUGCGGAAGCUUCCGGUAUGUCGCGGACAGAGCUAAUCAGGGUGCUCCACAAGAAGCCGACGUUUCCUUCGAAUGCUUGGCGAUUGGAGUUGCUGGCACGGCGAGUGAAGGUACCGAACAAGGAAACAACUUAUUGGUGUCGCGUGCAGAAAUUGCCGCCAGUUUUGUCUCAGAAACAUCAUAUUCUUCAGUUUGGCCCAGUCAUUCAAGAAGGCAACGAACAUCUGGUCCAUCACAUGGAAAUCUUUCACUGUGCUGGGCCGGUGGACCUCGAAAUUCCUAUGUACGAUGGUCCCUGCGAUGGAGCUGACAGACCUGAGAAAACCCAAAUUUGUAAGAAGGUCUUAGCAGCGUGGGCGAUGGGAGCGGAUGCGUUCGUUUAUCCAGAGGAAGCAGGCCUCUCGAUCGGGGGUCACGAUUUCAACCCAUACGUCAUGUUAGAGGUCCAUUACAAUAAUCCCGAGUUGCAGGAUGGAAGCAUUGAUUCCUCAGGGAUUCGUUUCAUCCUGACGAAGAGUCUACGGAAAUACGACGCUGGUGUAAUCGAGUUGGGAUUAGAAUAUACAGACAAGAUGGCAAUACCACCGCAACAAGAAGCCUUCACCUUAUCGGGACACUGUAUCCAGGAGUGCACAGGAGUUGGUCUCCCGCAAAAUGGCAUCCAUGUCUUCGCGUCUCAACUUCACACGCACCUGACGGGCGUAAAAGUGAUCACUCGUCACGUUAGAGAUGGGGAAGAGUUGCCCAUGCUGAACUAUGAUAAUCAUUACUCCACUCACUUCCAAGAAAUCAGACUGCUACCGAAACACGUCACCGUUCUGCCUGGCGACUCUUUGAUAACAACUUGCACGUACAAUACGAUGGAUAGGAAAAACAUCACCCUCGGUGGGUUCGCCAUUUCCGAUGAAAUGUGCGUGAAUUAUAUACAUUAUUACCCCAAUGCUCGAUUAGAGGUUUGCAAAAGCGCUAUAAGCGACGAUGCGUUGAGAACGUACUUUCGAUACAUGAGAGAAUGGGAAAGCCAACCGAUCGGUAUCGACAAGGGAAUUUCGUCGAAUUACAGAAGCAUCGAGUGGACCAAAGUUCGCGUGCAAGCUCUUUACGAUAUAUACGAAGCUGCCCCGUUAGGGAUGCAAUGUAACGGCUCGGACGGGUCUCGACUUCCGGGACUCUGGGACAACAUAGCUGCUACCCCAGUUAAGCUGCCUCUACCUCCACCGGCUCGAAGUUGUCCCGAUACAUCGCUGCAGCAAGAAAUAAUAAAUUCCAUUUAAGUAUCUUUUUUUCUGUCAUACAACGUUGCUUCGCAAACGAAAUGUACUAAAAUGUAAUCCACUAGAUUCACGUUUACUAAUACUUACGAAAUUAAAAAUCACCUGCUUCUAGAGUCAUAAAUAAAAUACUUAGUUACUGAAACACAAUUUCAAUCUAUCCUCUCUUUAUUACUCUUCCAAGACCAUCUCGGAAGAACACAGCUCUCUAAAAUAAAACAACAACUCUGGUUACAAUACAACGUGCUCCGACUUAAAAUUAACUUUCUACAUACGGAAAAAGAAACAGAAACGAAGAAAAAAAAAAAAAACGUACCCUGGGGUAACGACAAACAUGCUCGACAUAAAAGUUUAUAAACCUUCGGUAUAUUUAUAUGUUCCAUGGGUUUGUUUGUUUGUUUUUUUUUUUUUGGCAGUACAUCGUCUUGCUGCGGGUAAGCUAGCUCGAUCGAGUUUCGUAACAAAUACUUCGUUUGCGAUGAUCGUGGUAAAAUGCGGAGUAAUAAAAAUAA